AUGGCACAAGCUGAAGAUACAGAGCUUCGAGACUUAGUAGUAGAAGCAUUAGAAAAAAAUGGAUCCCUGGCUAAAAUACGUGCGUUGCUGCGAGCAAACAUUUUUUUAGUUUUUGAAGACGACUGCGAAAAUAUUAAACAAAAUGUUAAUUUAGAAAAUAUUUUAAAAAUACCUGAAGGUAUCUUAUGUCUUUCCCUAGUUCAUGAAUUCCUUGAAUUGUGUAAUCUUAAAAACACAUUGUUUGUUUAUAUGUCAGAAUCACGACAGGGAAAAGAAUACUCUUACGAAGGCCAUAGCUCACUUUCCGAAAAAUUGAAGCUCUCAAAACGAAAUAAAGAUACAGAACCUUUAUUAGUUACACUUGUUAAAAAUGUAUUACAACAACCAAAGAAAUUGUUUGGACAUAAUAAGAACAGUGUGAAUAGCAGCGAUAAUAUGUAUAAAGAUGAACAAAAUAACACUUAUAUUGUGCAUGAAGACUCAACUAGUAGUACAAGUCACACAAAUUCAGACAACUCCUCGGAUGAAAAAAAUAAAUUGCAUCUCAGAUUACCUCUGGAUAAUUCGGACACAGAUACUUCAAGUGAUUCAGCAAGAGACAAAACAAGUUCAGAGUACACACCAAGUGAACAUAGCUUAGCUAACCAAGUGAGUCCUACUAAAAAUAAUUUUAGUUCACAAGAACAUAAAAACCAGAUUAUUCAAAAUGCUGGAAUCUGUGUACAAGAACCAGAAAAAAACAAGAAUGCAAGCAGUGUUAGUGACACGUCUUAUAUUGAAAUCAAACCACUGAGUCCUUUAGAGAAAGUUUUGAUUAAUACUACAGGUGUACCUUAUUCAGAUGGAAAAAAUAUUUUGGAGCAUGCUAAAGUGCAUUCCAAAAUAGAAAGUGAAUUGCCUUCACCAAAACAUCCAUUAAGUUCCUUAAAAAGCAGUAAUAAUAACCAUAAAUAUAAAAAUGAAAUGAAUAAAAAUGACAAACAACGGUCUGAAGAUUCAGGAAAUGAUAUAACAGGCUAUAGUCUUGAUUUUACAUCAACUACUUCUGGUAAUAAGGAUUCAGCAAGUAGGGAGGUAGAAUCGGAAUCUAUACAAGAAAAAUAUAUUGAGAGCAGUUUGCACAAGCUUUUAUCACGUGAAAACUCAGAUCAGAAGUCAAUAACCACACCAAGCUCAGUUUCUACGUCGGAAGCUGCUGACAUUAUAAGUGACAAAAGUAAUUCAUUGGCACAAAAAUAUAUUGAGAAAAAUUCAUCCCAAACUUCUAAAUCUAUAACGAACAAAUUAAAAAAUAGUUUGAGUGACCAUAACAAAUUGCGUGAUGAUGAAUCUGGUGAUUUUUCCGAUUCCCCAAUUCCAUCUCUGUCAAAUCUAAGUCUUGAAAUACAUAGUGACUGA